GUCAAGUAUCAACGGGCUAGUUUGCUUUGCCGCAGAAGAGUGGUGUGUGUGAAAUACUCAAACUGCAAGGAAAAUACGGAAUUGACAUAAUAAUAAAAUAAUUUAAUAAUUUAUCAUCAAUUCAUAAAUAAAAAGAUGCUAACUUCCAGUUUAAAAUCAUUGGCCAAUAAAAUAUAUUUUUCACGCUUUAGUACAUUAGCUGUAGAAUCAAUAGCAACAUUAGAUGACUUUCGAACAAACGAAUCACAUACUUCAAAUCAUACCGAACAACAUUUAGGUCGUUUUUAUACUAUUUCUGCUGAAGAAAAGAAAAAGCUCUUUGGAAAUGGAGGAUUUCCAAAGUCAUUUGAAAAACAAACAAAGACUUUUGCGGAAACCACAUUUAUGAUUCGACAACCAGCUCUUGAAAUUAUUGAAUAUAUCAAAAGGACAAACUUUAAUAAUCCUGUUAUUCGUUAUGUUCUAUAUGGCGAAAACGGUGUUGGAAAAUCGAUUACCUUAGCUCAUAUGAUACACUAUGGUUAUCAAAAUGAUUUUGUUUUAAUACACAUACCAUGGGUUCCAAAUUGGUUCAAAAGACCAAAGGAAAUAGCAAAUUCUGAUAAAGAGGGUUUUGUUGAUUUACCAUUUGACGCAGCGGCUUGGCUUGUACAUUUUAAAUUACAAAAUACGGAUUUGUUAAAUAAAUUGAAUUUAAAAACUUCUAAGGAUUAUGUUUGGAGUAAACGAGAGACAACACCUGCUGGUUCAACACUUUUACAAUUGGUUGAACAUGGAAUAAAUCGUAUAAAGUUCUCAACGGGUACAAUUGAGGCGUUAAUUUCUGAGCUAAAGCAACAAGCUACCGAUAAUAAAUGUAAAGUAAUGGUGUGUAUUGAUGGCUAUAAUGCAUUUUUUCAUUCAAAAACCAGAGUUGUAUCAGAUACAAAAGCAAAAAUGACACCAAAUAAAAUAACUAUUACUCAACCUUUUUUGAAUAUAACCAACUUCGAUUGGAAAAAUGGCGUUUGUGUCCUUGUUGUGGAUAAAAUUGCUCUAACGGAAGAUAGAAUGGAAAGUCAUUUACCAAAAUAUUUGUUAGGAAUGAAUGGAUUUGAACACCUUGACCCUUUUAUUCCAAUCAAAGUUGCAAAAUAUGACGAUAAAGAAUUUGAAAAUUGUAUUAAUUAUUAUCUGAAUAGAAAAUGGAUUCAAAAUGUUGAAAAAGGAUUUGAUGCGGAGCUCAAAUUUUUAAGUGGCCAAAAUCCUUAUAAAUUAAUGAAUUUAUGUGCUCCACUUUAGUUGCAACAUAACAAAAAUAAUAAGUAUUGUAUUGUUUUAUUUUUUAAAUAAUUAGUUAAAUAAACUUUUAAAAACUAA